GUACAUAUCGUGAGACGGUUACAUUAAGGAGGGCGUGGGAAAAUAUGAAGGCAGUCGCACGAAAGGCUCGGGCAGUAGAAAGGGGUAAUUUAUUUCGAACGGGCGGUGGGCCACCGGUGCCAUCAACAUCACGGCAAGUAGAAGCAAUAGUGGACAUGGUGGAAGAGGCUGCUCCCGCAAUGAUUUGCGAAAUCUCCAACAACUUUGACAGCGAUGGGGCAAUUUUGCUAAACAUGGAAAAUAGCCAAUCUAGCUCCAUUGAGUUUUUAGAUAUGAUCACGGAAGCAAAUGAGGAAUCCGACGUAAACUUCAAAGCCAUAAGCAUAAAUUAUGAAGGUGAACCAAAUGUUGCAGUACACAGUAAUGAAACUGGCCACCAACAAAAAGUGGAAAAGGAGCAAGUACGCAGACCAAGCGACUACGUUCGGCGGGAGGCAGCAUUACGGGUAAGGUACCUAGAGAAGAGAGAGAAGCUUAAGCUUGAAUUAGUCAAAACACAGUUGGAAGUUGAGCAAAUAAAAAAAAGAGCAGCCUUGUUGGAAGAGCAAAAAAACCAAGUAUUACUACAAAAGGCUAAAAUAGAUUUUGAAGAGGCAAAAAAAAAUCGUUCAAUAAAUUAAAGACAUAGUUAAUAUUUCAACA